AUGGGCGACUUCCACGACGUAGAGGCUACCGACGGCGUGCGCUUCUCGUGGAACGUGUGGCCGAGCUCACGCCUCGAGGCGACGCGCAUCGUGGCGAUUGAGGGCCUCCCGCUGCUGCCGUACGAGCCGGUGAUGUGCAAGGGGACGUGCCCCGCGAUGCUCAACCCGUAUUGCCGCAUCGACUUCAAGGCCAAGAUCUGGGUCUGUCCCUUUUGCUUCCAGCGUACACCACCAUCGAGUAUGCGCUCCCCCGACUCGCUCGAGCAAGUGCUGCAGCUGCUAGCCUCCGCGGCGCCGACGGCGCUCAUCGGCCUCAUCACCUUCGGCACCGUCGUCCAAGUCCACGAGCUCGGCUUCGAGCACUGCUCCAAGUGCUACACCUUCAAGGGGACAAAGGACCCGGCCCCGGCCCAGCUCGCCGAGCAGCUGGGCGCCCCGCCGCACCCCGCCGCACACCUGCCCGCCGCCUUCCCCACGGCCCCGUGCCCGACCCCGACCCUUACCCCGUGCCGCGCAGGCAUCUCCGCGGGAGGUGCAGGCCGCGGCGGCAGGGCGGCGGGGCAGGGCGGCCCCGCGGACGCCCGCUCUGCGUCGGCCCGCUUCCUGCUGCCCAUCUCGGAGGCGGAGUUCGCAAUCUCAAACGUCCUCUCCGAGCUGCGGCGAGACCCGUGGCCGGUGCCCUCCGAUUCGCGGCCGCAGCGCUGCACCGGCGCCGCCGCGUCGAUCGCCGUCUCGCUGCUAGAGCUCGCCUUCCCAAACACGGGCGCGCGAGACGCGGCGCUGCUGCACCGGCGGCGAAGGUCGGCCGCCGUUCACAGCUGCAACGUCAAGCACAUGAAGAAGGCGCUCAAGCACUACGCCGGAGUGGCGCAGCGCGCCUCAAAGGCCCGCCACAUCUCCCCAUGUCUCCCCAUGUCUCCCCAUGUUGGGCAUGUCUUCGACAUCUUCGCCUGCGCGCUCGACCAGGCGGGGGGCGGCGGAGGCAACAUCUUCAAGCAGUCGCUCUCGCAGGUCUUCGCGCGCGACGCGUCGGGCACGGCGCUGCGGAUGGCUUUCGGAGGCGGCACGGUCGAGGUGCUCACCUCGAACGAGUUCAAGGUGUGCGGCGCCAUCGGCAACUGCGCUUCGCUCGGCAAAAAGUCGAACAACGUCGGCGAGACGCGGAGGGCGGGGCUAAGUGGCGCGAUCUCGGCGCGAUCUCGGCGCGAUCUCGGCGCUGCGCCUCGAGCAGGGGAGACGGAGAUCGGGCUCGGCAACACGAAUGCGUGGAGCGUGGGCGGGCUCGACGAGGACACCACGCUCGCGCUCUACUUCGAGAUGGCGGCGCAGAGCGGAGGGCAGCAGCAGCAGCAGGCGGGCGGGCAGCGCUACCUGCAGCUGCUCACCUCGUACCAGCACUCGUCGGGCCAGUACCGGCUGCGCGUCACCACGCUGGCGCGGCCUUGGGCCGAGGCGGCGCAGGCGGGCGAGAUGGCGCGCGGCUUCGACCAGGAGGCCGCGGCGGUGCUGAUGGCGCGCAUCGCUUCGCACAAGACGCAGACGGAGGAGGCGCGGUCACUGCUCCGCUGGAUCGACCCGCACCGGCUGGCGGAUCUCUCAGGAUGGAGCGCCGACCUCCUCAGGCGCCCGCCCGUGCCCGUGCUGCUCGACGUCACCUCCAUCGCCCCCGACCGCAUCCUGCUGCUCGACACCUUCUUCCACGUCAUCGUCUACCACGGCGAGACGAUCUCCGCGUGGCGCAAGCAGGGCUACCACGAGACCGCAGAGCACCAGAACUUCCGCGAGCUCCUCUCGGCGCCCAAGGAGGACGCGGCCGAGCUGCUGCAGCAGCGCUUCCCCGUGCCGAUGUACAUCGAGUGCGACCAGUACGGCUCGCAGGCCCGCUUCCUGCUCGCGAAGCUCAACCCGUCGGUCACGCAUAACUCGUCGCAGUCGGGCGCCGCCUCGUCCGACUUCCUCUUCACUGACGACGUCUCGUUCCAAGUGUUCAUGGACCAUCUCAAGCGACUGGCCGUCGAGUCAAAGUGA